AUGGUUCUCUUCUCUGUGACACAAAGACGAAUGUUCUCCGCCCCUUGGUAUCAUCUUCUCAAAGGUUUAACAUUUUCUCCAUCUUACAUGGAAUGUCACAACCAGGAGUUUGUGCAUCCAGACGUCUUAUCUCUACAAGACCUUGUUGGUCCCUUGCCUUCUUCUCAUGGUUUUACAUACCUCUUCACAUGCGUCGACAGAUCAACAAGAUGGCCUGAGGCUAUACCUCUAGCUGGGAUUUCUGUGGCAGAGUGUGCCUCCACCAUGUUUCAUGGAUGGAUCUCAAGGUUUGGCGUACCUGCAGUGAUUACAAGUGACAGAGGAGCCCAGUUCACUACAUCCUUAUGGUCCUCCAUCUGCUCCCUACUUAAUAUCAAGCACAAGACCACCACAGCUUUCCAUCCUCAGUCCAAUGGCAUGGUGGAGAGGUUCCACAGACAGUUAAAAAAUUCUCUAUGUGCUCGUCUGGCUUCUGCCAAUUGGUUAGAAUACCUACUUUGGGUUCUAUUAGGAUUACAUUCAUCUCCCAGAGAGGACUCUGCCACAUUCGCCUCUGAAGCUGUUGAUGGUUCUGAUUUAACCCUGCCUAGUCAGUUCCUAAAGGUACAAGAUCCCCCAACCAAUCUGUUCUAUGAAAACCUUAAAAAUUUGAUGUCUGGUUUUCAACCUGUUCCACCUCUCCACCUCGUCAUAAUACUCCAGCAGCUGCUGUUCUCCCAGAAGUUAUUCGUGCAGAACUUUCAUCUUGCCCAAUGGUUUUUAUAUGUAAGGAUGGACACGUUGCUCCCCUGGCUCUACUCUACAAAGGUCCUUACAAGGUUUUAUCUCGCUCCCUUAAAACCUUUCAGCUCCAAGUUGGCAAGAGAGUACAAGUUGUUUCAGUUCAAUGCCUCAAACCAGCUUUCACGGCAGGUGAUGAAGCUUCAAUAG